AAUACCAAAACAAAAAAACUAUAAAUUAAACGUUUCCCCUAUUUGUCACACAAAACAAAACUGAACAAUGAGUCAAAUCAGCGCGGAAGACAAACUCGACUAUGUGAAGUCCAAGAUUGGCGAAUAUCCCAACUUUCCCAAAGAGGGGAUACUAUUUCGCGACAUAUUCGGCGCGCUGACAGAUCCCAAGGCCUGUGUCUAUCUGAGGGAUUUGCUGGUGCAGUACAUAAAGCAGAGCCAGCCGGAAGUGGAGGUCAUCGUGGGCCUGGACUCGCGGGGCUUCCUCUUCAAUCUGUUGCUGGCUACCGAACUGGGCGUGGGCUGUGCGCCCAUUAGGAAAAAGGGAAAACUGGCAGGCGAGGUCGUCGCCGUUGACUACCAACUAGAAUAUGGCAGCGACACCUUUGAGCUGCAGCGUGCUGCCAUACGACCUGGUCAGAAAGUCGUCAUUGUGGAUGAUCUGCUAGCCACAGGUGGUUCCCUUCUGGCCGCCUCCGAGUUGGUGCGCAAAGUGGGUGGCGUUGUCCUCGAGAGCCUCGUGGUGAUGGAACUGGUCGACCUCGACGGCCGCAAGAAGCUGGACUGCAAAGUGCACUCGCUGAUCAAGUACUGAGGCUUAAUGCUGGUCUUCCCGAACUGCAUUUACUUAACGCAAAGCGAUCCCCUCCAAAUAGCAAUAUUUUUAACAACUUUCAACUGUUUCGUGGGUGUGAAAAUGUAUAGUAAUAUAAUUUUGUAUCAAAA